AUGCCUCUUAGUGCCAGUGGUCAAUACUGCGACGCCAUCGUGGCCACCUGGAAGAACCGUGAUAACUACACGGACGCCCAGAAAUGUUCCGACUGUGAACUCGGCCUGGGUAAGGCGCAGCUCUCGUCCCCCUUCGGAUACGACGCCGAAGCGGCGGCAGGCUUCUCUUCCUUGACCCAGAGCUGCAAAAAGACCGGGUACAACUACGCGACCCCCACCUCAUACGCUCUCAACUCCGCUGGGACGGCACCGCCGCCGCAGCGCACCCGUAGCACAGGGACUCAAUACGUCGUCAAGGCUGGCGAUACUUGUCGGACCAUCGCGGGACUGGCCGGGGUUGGAUCCUACCAGCUGAUCAACGAGAAUGGCCUCGACCUUAGCUGCAAUCUUUUGCCGCCUGCGGGUGAGUCCAUCUGCAUACCGGAGAAAUGCGAGACGUUCGAGUUGGUGGUGGAUCAAACCUGCGACGACAUAAUGAAGGAGUAUGGCAUGACCAAGGCGCAAUUUGCUGGCCUGGAAUCCCUUCAUCAACCCGUCGUGCAGGCAUCUUGGAGACUGGAGAGGCUGGUUUCUUUGCGCCAGAGGGAGAUGCGGUCACCACCGACGCCCCUCUGCCGACAAAUCACCAUCCUGAUUCGAACAAGCACUGCGGUCAGUGGUAUGUUGAUAAACACUGACAUAGGUACUCCCCAGGUCCAACCUGAUGAAUAUUGUCAGAUGAUAUCCCUCAAGUUCAGCAUUUCCGUUGAUGGCUUCUACUUUCUCAACCCAAAUCUCGACAAAAACUGCACCAAUUUGUGGAAAGACACAGCCUACUGUGUCAAACCGGUCGGAAACAUCGUGACGUACCCAGGCUACAAGACAUCGACUGCCACCACCAGCUUCACUCGCCCAACCCCACAGCCCACAGCAUCGGCGGCACCUAUCCCCAUACCUACUCUACACCCCAAAGCGCCGGGGACAGUGAAUGAAUGUUUUCUUCACAGGAAUGCCUGGGAAAGCUCCUUCAUGGCAAAUAAUCCACUUUUCGCGGGCGGCAACAACUGCACCUCGUGGGCCAGUGUCGGCGACGUCACUAUCCAACAACUUUUGGAGUGGAACCCCAGUUUGUCCGCAACCAAGUGCGAGUUCAAGCCCGGAUCAAGCUACUGUGUGCGGAAGUGGGAAACAGAACGUACGCUCUUCCCGAGCCCUCUAUUCCAAAACUUUGCUUCAUGGGUAAACAGCAACUAA